CGAAGGUCACGACACAUUUUGGUACGAGCUCUUGCGCGGUCCCAGAGGCGUGCGUGCGCAAUGCUUGCUUUGCCGUCGGCCGCAGCAAGAGCUUGCUGAAGCAUGGAGAGAGACGAGACACUUGUUGCGCCUAGGUAAUGCUCUCACGAGUAAGCAAGGAGUGUGUCACGGGGGCCUUUUGGCAGUGAUUGUGGACGAAGUAGCUAUCAUGACUAUCAGACACUACGGGUUGGACGGCGGGACGGAUCCUUCAACUGCGUUCCUGAAUGUUACGUACACGAGACCUGUCCCAGCGCCGGGAGUGAUAAUGGCAACAGUCAAUGUCGUUGAAAUCAUGAGGCGGAAGAUCAAGCUGCGGAUAUCAAUCCUGGAUGGCCAUGGCCAGUUGUGUGUCACUGCAGAGAUGUUGGUGGUAACUGCAAUACCGCGACUUUGAGGCUCGGAUUUGGUGGUCCAAUUAAUCAACUACCUGAUUGAGAGAGAACGUCUACUAUGCCUACGCUAGUUGAGCACAAAUGGCCACAACGGCGGCAGAGCACGCUCGAGGCAGGCCGGCUCGGUGAGAUAAAUUGUAAGCUCUGACUGAUGGGAAAACACCACACCUCUGCCGGUCAUGGCUUUGUCGUACCCGACUCUCACUAAUGUUUUCCAACCUGCUAUCCAGGGGUUGCGCUAGCC